AUGCUAAUGCACAAGUACUACUACGAAGUAUUAAAACUACAUUAUGGCAACGCAAUCGAAUUAGUUUACAUGGAUGCAGAUACUAAAAUAAAGAAAAAUGGUUGUAGAAAUAGAAAUGAAUCUGAUGAUUCUGAUAUAAGCACAAUAGUAUCGGAUGUUGAUGAGAGAAAAGAUAUCCGAAGGAAAGAUCUAAUACGUCGUGCAAAAUUAAUUGAAUUAGAGCAAGAAGAAAAAAGAAAGAAAAACCUCGAAAAGUUAAUUGUACCUAAUAUUAUUACUGAGCAAAUUGAAAAGAGUGAGUUUGAACUUAAACAAAUUAUCGAAGAAGCAUUAGUAUUAAUUAGUGAAAAUAAAUUAAAAAUGGAUGAUAAAGAAUGUUCUCGAAAAAUAAACAAUGAUAUAGCCAAACAAAAACGUUUUGAUAGUAUAACUUUAAUAUUAAGUAAAUUAAACGAUGCUUUUAUGAAUAUUGACGAUGAGUUAGAAAGAGUAAGCAACAAAAAUGAUAUUUUGAUAAUUCAUAAUGAUAUAAAAAAUAUUAGAGAACAAGGCAUCCAACUUAUGAAACAGAAAGAUAAUAUAAUAAAAGAAUUAAUCAAGGAAAUAGAUGAUACUAUUUCGAAGAGUUUGCGUGAGAAAAAUUUACAAAAUUAUGAUCUAGCAAUGUUAUAUAAAAUUGCAGACAACCAUUUAAAUGAUAUAAAGAAAAUUCAUAAUGAAAAUCUCAAUAUGAUUAUAGAUUUAAUGAACAAAGAAAUGCAAAAAAAACAAUUAAAAGAUGUUACAUCAUGGGAUUUGUUGUUUGAUCAAAUUAUUGAUGGCCAGAUGUUCUUUGUUGAAGAACGCUUAAGAAUUUUGGAGGAUAAAGAAAAAAAUUUGAUGAUCCAAUUCGAAGAAAAUGAAGAGAAAGCAAAAAAUUCUCGAAUCAAUGCUAUAAAAGAAUUUGAUGAGAGAAUUCGUGAACUCGAAUUCGUAAAAAUAAAAUGUUUUGAAAAUACGGAAAAACUUCAGUAUAAUUAUGAUGUACUAAAGAAAAGAACAGAAGAAAAUGCAAUAGCAUUAGCUUCCCGAAAGAGAUUGAUAAAUGCCAUGCGGCAGACUGUGUAUGAUUUAAAAGCAAAGCUGGAAGAAAAUGACAAACAAUACAAAUCUCGGAUACCCAUAUUGAAACAAAAUAUAAUUCAAAUAAAUUCUGAUAUUGAUAGAUUAGAAAACAAGGUAGAUAUUAUCGCCAAAAUCGAAGCUCAAAAAUUCGAAAAUUGCUGGGCUCAAGAACAAACACAAAUUAUUAACAUAAUUGAACAGAUUUAUAAUAUUGAUCGGGUAAUACAUAAUAAAUAUUUGGGAAUCGAAUGGGAUUCGAAAAACUUAUUCGGUAGUCCCUGCAUGGAAGAUAUACAUUCUUACAAGAAAAUAGCUAAUACAUUAACUAUUUUAAAUAAAAAAGAAGUAAAUGGCGAUUCUACAGCUGUAGCUGUGCAAAAUAAAUACAUCAUAGAAAGAGACAAAGCACUUAUGAGACUUAUAUUAGAUUUAACUGUGAAAGAGUCUCAUUUAACAGUUGAUGAAAAUCUUAUUGAAAUAAUUCGUCCAUAUCGUAUGAAAAAUUUACCAAUAGUCUACAAUGUUAUAAAGACACUAGGAUUGAGUAGUGCAGAUUCAUGGGACUUAUUUAAAUCUAAUUUUAGACCAUUUGUUCAAUGUGCAGUAUGUGAUACUCAAGUAAACUGGAUUGAUGAACAAAUUUUUUCCAAUUGCUCAAACAUAUAUAGUACUGAACUAUCUGAAAAAAAUGAUUCUCUAUUACGAAAAUUAUCAAGUUAUACUUCUACUCAUAAUAAUUUUUUUGAUAAUGGGUUACAAAAACAUCUGAAAAUAGAAAAUUAUAUUGAAAAACCUUUCGUUGCUAAAAAAACAAAAUUUAUUAAACAGAACAAUCAAGUAUUAUUAUGUAACAACUUAAAUCACAGAAUAUUUAUUGAUGAAACAAAUUAUUUACGAAUUAUGAAAAGAAUAAUAGAAAAAGCAAAGCCUAAACCAAAAACUGUAAAAAAAUCACUUAAACAAAGAUUAAACAAGCAAUAUAACCAUCUUUUAUGGAUAAUAAAUGAACAGGAUAUAGAAUCUUACUGGGCUCAAUUUACAAAAAACUUCUCACUUAAUAAGUUAGAGUUUUGGGAUAUUGUAGUUAAAGCUAUGCAGCAAUACUACGAUGUUUUGAUAGGUAUUAGAAGUUAA